UCCGCAAUUUGAACGCGUCGCGCACGACGAAAAGAAGCCGAGGAAUCUUCGGAUCGUUCGCCAUGUGCGACUGUCCCGACGUAAAGGACGAACGGCGAGCCGGCGCGGAAACCGUGACGCUUUUCACGUCGUGCGCGAAAUCGUAUCGUCCCGCGAAAGAUGUGACCGGGAGACUCAGCUGCGCCACGAUUUCGGAUAAGGACGACCUGGAGCCGGUGGAUUCUUCGCAGUCCAUUCUAGGAUUGACCGUCUGUCGCAACACGAACGUGUCUCCUGCGAGCUCCGUAUCCUCCAGCGACACCAGAACGUACAAGUUCGUCAGCCCUGCGGAAUGCGAGUGCCUCUUGGGAGAAGACGAGGAGGAGGCGUGGCAGCCGCCGGCGGUGUCGUUCGAGCCGUGCAUCUGCGAGGAGGAAGCCGAAGAGGAGCCGGACAUCGAGUGCACUCUGGCGAUCAUCAAACCGGAAGCUGUGGUUUACAGGAGGCAGAUCGAGCGGCGCGUCUUCGAGGAAGGCUUCGAGGUGUAUCGAACGCGGUGGCUGCAGCUCACGCCGGAACAGGUGUCCGAGUUCUAUUCGGACAGGUACGGCCAGACGAACUUCGCGCACCUGGUGGCUUACAUGGCGUCAGGCCCCAUAGUCGUCCAUGUUCUGGCCAAGCACCGCGCCGUGCAGGAGUGGAGGAUGCUCAUGGGCCCGACCAAGGUGACAGAGGCGCGGCUGUAUUAUCCCGACAGUAUCAGAGCCAGAUACGGCAGGCGAGGCGAGGAUUUCAAGAACGCCGUUCACGGUAGCUGCUCCAGGAAGGAAGCGGAGAGAGAGAUACACUUCUUCUUUCCUGAAUCGAUCGUGGAGCCUAUUUUGAAGAAUCAAAUGGCCGUCGACCACUUGGAGGAGGUCGUCAAUUCGGUUCUCACGGAGGGACUGUCCUUGUGUUGCAAGCUGAAGCCAGCCGAGCCGAUCCUGUGGCUGGCCCACUGGCUGAUCCUGAACAACCCUAACAAGCCGAAGCUACCGCAGGACCUCGCAAUGAUUCCAACUUAAACCUCCUCUGUACCUUCUGUCUAAUUCAGGAUUCGAUUAAAACCAGUCUAUGCUAAUCAAUUAA